AUGCCGGGCCGCGCAGUAUCCUCGACUCUGUUGCCGCCUCGGAAGCCGUUCCGCCUAUGGACGUCGACCGGGGUAGUUGCUUUUUACGCACUCCUGAUCGCCAAUAGUGCCGAUGGUUUGAGCCGCUUACACCGGAGACCGAGCACUUCUAGUAAAAAAGAACAAGGGGACGACGCAGAUGAAGCGGCUGGCACAAGAACUUCAACUGCAGUCGCCGGCGUAGUUGAAGGUAGCUGCGAGCCAAACAGCGCUGGGGAUGCUGCACCUUUAUCUGCAGAUGAUGACACUGGAGGAGAGCGCCAUCAGGUGAGGCCCGCUACUUGUGAUGGAGAAGUAAGAUCGAAAUAUCGGCAAGUGGAAAUUGGGCACCAACACCAGCAGUCAGAUCAAGCAGGUGGUCCCAACCAACGUGAACGGGCGUUGCGACACUGCAAGAACCUCGGGUCAAACUUGGCGCAGAUGCUUCAGAAGGAAAUCAAUCAUCCGAGUUCUACUUGGCAGCAAGCGGCGCGAGGAAAGAGGAACAACGACGCGGUCACUGCUGCUGUAUGGAACGGAAAACUGCUAGUCUGUGCGAGCAGAGGAACAAAUUGUAGACAGACAGGCACCACCGCUUGUCAUGCAUAAAGUAUGCCGUGCCUCUAGUGCCUACGAUUCAUUAUAGAUGGCCUUGCACAGGGACCAACAGCAACACCAAGCUGCUCCUCAAGAUUGCAUGACAGGAACAAUGAAGAUGAACGAGAGCGACGCACAUAGAUCUUCAUGAUUUGUCCAACUAAAAAAAAAGCUACAACAACUCGCUCGCAGCACAGAUACCAUUAUUUCCACUUGAUACAAUCUAGUCUCCGCCGCGCAGUCCUUCAUUCGAACUUGCGGACCAAACGCUGGCUCCACCAUCUCGGUCGUAAUCCGCGAUGUUCCUGUUAAACAAAUGCCAGACCCCCGACAUCCCCACAAGUUUUCCACGAAGCACCUCUACUCCUUCACUUUCACCGUCCUCGGCUACGCGGUAUACCGGGAAAGCCGAGCGGUGGUGAGCACGCUGCUGAGCGCGGCGGGGAACUCCCGGCUGCCGAUCGACCUGACGGGUGUGGUAGAAACACUUGACGUUCUUGAUCGGAGCGCCACGGGGAUUGGUGGCGGUGGAGAUGAUAACGAUGGUCUAUCAUCUCCUGUGCCGUCGGCUUCCCCUACUUCCCUUCGAGGCAAAACGGUGGAAAGGAUGAGGAUUCGGAAUUACUACGCACAGGUGGUGCUCUUCGUGUGGCACACGCUGCGGAAGGAAGUAAGCUACAAGACUGCGCCGGUUACACCUACAUCUUCCCGUUUGGGUGGAAAAGUACAAGAGAAUCGAAUCAACUUCGUCCAGCAAGUGGUGUAUUUCGAUGUUCAGACCUACCACAAUGGACGGUCCGUGCUUGUAAGCGGGACACAAGUCCACAAAGUCCCCCUUGACCUCCUGUAUCAAAAUCGUGGCGAGGACGAGGUGGCCGAGCCCUCAAGCAGAAAGACGAACACGAUUGCCGGUCGUCGUGGUCCUGCUAUAAGCGGGCGAGCGGCCGACUUGUGAACGAGGGGAGCUACGAAAAAGCAUUAAUCAUCGCAUUGACUCCUUUUGAAGACGCAACUUCUGGAGCACCAAUUAUGACGACCAUGCAGUGAAUGAAAUACUGAUGAAGCCAAAUGGGCUUAUUUCCGCUUUUGCUUUCCACUUGCUGUUUGAGCAAAACUUACAGUGCAUUCAUCUCUUCUGUAUCUGUUUUGAUGUCCAUGCAUGCAUGCACGUUCUUCGAUCCUGUGAUGGAUCGUCAUCGUUCGAGUUACGGCAUUUCUAUUUUUCCUUCAUGCUACUCAAACACAAGUUUUAUUUACAUACAGUAGGAAUCUCUCAAUAAUCAAUGAGUUCGUGCAUUGAUUGCAAUAAUUGUAUCUAUUACCCACGUGUUUAAUCGCCGUGGUAAAAAAUGCAUAUGGUUAUGCUUUGUCACAUCACAACAUAUUGAAGUUAGGUUUUAGUUGGGCGUGAAGUAGUCUGAUCACACAUUCAUCGAAUCAGACUCUGGGGUGCGAACUACACAGCGGCAAGAAAAUGAUAUUCCGAGAAAAGCCAAUAUCUUUUCGACAUGCUUUGUCUAUCAUAGAUCAACGGAUGUUGACAACGAUGCAGUCGUGAAAAAGAUGGAAGAGCCCUGAUGCCGGAUGCAGUGCGAAAGUACUGCUUCACGAAACCUAU